UAGAUAGAUAGAUAUAUGGCAGAGGUGGAGUCGAAGCAACAGAGGCAGCAGCAGUACAGAACACAAGUGAAGCGUCGUGGGAGUUGCAUAGAGAUGGCGAUUGGAGGAGGAGGAGAAGAUGGCGUGGCAGGCAAUGAUGUCACCCUUAUCUUUGUGUACGGCACUCUCAAGCGAGGAUUCUACAACCACAGGCUCAUCGACGACUUGAUGCGCCCCCGCCACGCCGUCUACCUCGGCCCUCACACCACUGUCCAACCCUUCCCCCUUGUCUGCGGCCCCCACGGCAUUCCGUACCUGAUCAAUCUCCCUGGUUGCGGUCACCGAGUCCUGGGAGAACUCUACUCUGUCUCUUCCGGCCACGCCCGAUCCCGCCUCGACGACCUGGAGGGUGUUCACCAAGGCCACUACGAGAGACUGCCCAUCGUUGUCGUGGACGGCGGAGAGAGAGUGGUAGAGGUGGAGGCCUAUUUUGCUCACCGGGGAUUUGGGGAGGCGUUAUGGAAGAGGUGCGGUGAGGAGGGACUGAGUGAAUUUAGCGUGGAAAUGGGGCAAAAGUACGUGAGGAGGGAAGAUCGGCCUCCGCAUUCUAAUUUCAUUGGUGAUAUCCACAAAUUCAUCUCCGAGGCCAAUUGAACUUAUGCAAUUAAUUUAGUUCCUGAAUGCAAAAUUGAUUGUUUAUGCAGGAGCUCACUACAAUCAAUUGGAUCCAAGUUAUUUCAACUAUUAACUGAUUUAGUUAAGGAUCUUUUAUACUGUUUCUACUCCAAUGCUGAUUAGUUCAAGACCUUCUUGAUUAGAAUGUUCGUAUGGUGUAUGUGGCAUUUGGUUGGUCACCUUAGUAGACUCAGGAGUUAUGUGCUACAUCUCGAUCACUUCUCCAUGCCACUUUGAAGCAAAGUAGGAUUUCUUGCUUGAUCAAAACUAGGCAAUGGAAAACAAACAACAUUUCGGAUUCCAAGUAGAUGAUGGAGGUCGCUUAGUUUAUUGGAGAUACCCCAGAUGUUAGGUCUUGAAUAAAGGAGUUUUCUACACAUGCGUCUCACACUUCCAAGUGAAUGCCGAUAUCUACAGGUAUUCUUCCCUCAUUUGUCGCAUUUAACUAUGAAGAAGGGCGUACAACUUGUUAGCUCAAUUGAUGUAUUGCCUUUCUUACUAAUAAAUUUAUGUUUUGGUCCAUCA